UUCUUGGAAGCAGAGGAAGGGGAGAUAACUGCUGAUAUAACACAGCAGGAUAUUGUGGACUCUGUAGACAUUCUCAGUGCACAGAAGUAUUUUGAACUGACAUUAAAAGACUUUGGUCCAUACCAGUUAAACUACACACGAAAUGGGAGACAUCUCUUGCUGGGAGGGGCCAAAGGUCACAUGGCUGCCUUUGAUUGGCAGACAAAGAAACUUAUGUGCGAGUUCAAUGUCAUGGAAACGGUGAAUGAUGUCAAAUGGCUCCACCAGGAGACCAUGUUUGCUGUUGCCCAGCGACAGUGGACGUAUAUCUAUGACAACCAGGGCAUCGAGCUGCACUGCCUCAAGGCCAUUGACACGGCUCUGAGGAUGGAGUUCCUGCCGUAUCACUUCCUCCUAGCCACUGCAAGUGCGAAGGGUUUCCUGACGUAUGUGGACACGUCGGUAGGGAAGAAGGUGGCCGGAAUCUACACCAACAGUGGUCGUCUAGACGUCAUGUGUCAGAACCGCAGCAAUGCUGUGGUUCAUUUGGGUCACCCAGGAGGUACUGUAACUUUGUGGACUCCCAACCUGAAGAGCUAUGCAGCCAAGUUGCUGUGUCACAUUGGGAGUGUGAGAUCCCUGGCUGUAGACAACUCAGGAAAGUACAUGGCUUCCUCUGGGAUUGAUGGGAAACUGAAAAUCUGGGAUCUGAGGACAUAUAGGGCACUACAGUGUUACCAGCUGCAGACAGGGGCAGGUUCCCUUGCCUUCAGUCAGCAGGGCAUGGUCGCUGCUGGCAUGGGCAACGUCGUCCAGGUGUUUAACGACUGCUGUCACCAGACAGUUACCUCCCCUUACAUGCACCACCGCAUCCCGUCGUCCAUCAGGAGUGUACAGUUCUGUCCAUAUGAGGAUGUCCUUGGUGUGAGCCACUCGACGGGAUUUGCCAGUCUCCUUGUUCCAGGGUCUGGAGAGGCCAACUUUGAUGCUCUGGAGGUGAAUCCAUACCAGACAAAGAAACAGCGACGACAGGCCGAGGUCAAGAUGCUGCUUGACAAGAUUCCCAUAGAUAUGAUCACCCUGGACACAAAGAAAGUAGGUGAGAUUGAGGCGAAGAGCUACGAUGAGAUGAUCAAAGAGAAGAAUAAACUGGAGUUUCUAAAGGUGGAGAAGUCAGAUUUUGCCCCACGGUACAAGAUGAGAGGCAAGAGCAAGGCAGGGAAAGUUGAAUACAGGAAACAAGAGGUCAAGGACUCCAUGAGAAGAGAAGUAGCUCGGGAGUCAAACAAACUGAAACAGGAGAAGUCCCGUGACCAGACAAAGAAUGAAGGUCACAGACUUAGUGUUCUCAGCAGAUUCAGCAAGAAGAAUGUCUAGCUGAAGCUGAAUCAGUGUAUGAUGUGUAAAUAAAAUAUGAUUAAAAUUGUAUCCAACAA